AGUAAUGCGCACCCGGCAGCCCGGGCUCGCUGCCUCCUGCCGGCCAGGCAGCUGCGGCUCCAGCUGUGGCCGCUGCUAGCUCGGCGGGCUCCUCUGCCGGCCCCAGCUGUAGCACAACCCCCCCUCCAGCUGCAGGCACUAUGCCCCGGAGACGGGGGCUCUCUUCCCCCAGCGCCGCCUGCCUCUUCAUCCUCUCCUCCCUGCUCCACCACCUCAGGGGUCUCAAUAUUUGCACAAGUGGAAGUGCUACUUCCUGUGAAGAGUGCCUGCUCAUUCAUCCAAAAUGCGCUUGGUGCUCCAAAGAGGAAUUUGGCAGCACAAAAUUCAUCACAUCGAGGUGUGACUUCGUAGAAAACCUGAUUACGAAUGGCUGUGCAGGGGAACUUGAGACUCCCAAAAGCAGUAUAAACAUAGUGGAGAAUCUUCCUCUAAGUAGCAAGGGCUCCAGCUUGACCCUUUCAGAUGUUACACAAAUAAUGCCUCAGAAGAUCUCGUUGAAUCUGCGGCCUGGUGACAAGACCUCCUUCCGAGUGCAGGUUCGUCAGGUAGAAGACUAUCCUGUGGAUUUGUAUUACUUGAUGGAUCUCUCGCUAUCCAUGAAGGAUGACCUGGAUAACAUUCGGAAUCUGGGAACCAAGCUGGCUGAGGAGAUGAGGAAGCUCACCAGCAAUUUCCGGUUGGGGUUUGGGUCAUUUGUGGACAAAAAUAUUUCUCCUUUCUCCUACACAGCUCCGCGAUAUCAAAACAAUCCUUGCAUUGGUUACAAGUUGUUUCCACACUGUGUCCCAUCCUUUGGAUUCCGCCAUCUCUUGUCCCUCACGGAUAAAGUGGACCGUUUCAAUGAAGAAGUUCAGAAACAGAAGGUUUCCCGGAACAGAGAUGCUCCAGAAGGUGGCUUUGAUGCAAUCCUGCAGGCUGCUGUGUGCAAGGAAAAGAUUGGCUGGCGGAAAGAGGCCUCUCAUUUGCUGGUCUUCACGACGGAUGAUGUGCCGCACAUAGCACUGGAUGGGAAGUUAGGUGGACUGGUCCAGCCACAUGAUGGCCAGUGUCACCUGAAUGAGGCGAACGAAUACAGUGCGUCCAACCAGCUGGAUUAUCCUUCGCUGGCACUGCUUGGGGAGAAACUGGCUGAAAACAACAUUCACCUCAUUUUUGCUGUGACAAAAGCUCAUUAUAUCCUUUACAAGAAUUUUACAGCGCUAAUUCCCGGAACGACAGUGGAGAUUUUACAUCAAGACUCCAACAACAUUAUCCAGCUGAUAGUCAAGGCAUACAAUAGUAUUCGGUCUAAAGUAGAACUAACCGUUUGGGACAAUCCUGAGGAUGUCAGCUUGACCUUCACAGCUACGUGCCAAGAUGGUUUGUUGUAUCCUGGACUCAGGAAGUGUGAAGAGCUCCAAAUCGGAGACACGGUUUCCUUUGAGGUGUCUGUCGAAGCUCGGAGCUGCCCUGCUGAGAACACCUCACACAGUUUCACCAUAAAGCCAGCUGGGUUCCGGGACACUCUGGAGGUGGAGGUUGCUUACAGCUGCACUUGUGGAUGUAUGAAGCAGAUGGAAUGGAAUAGCAGCAAGUGCAGUGGGAAUGGGACUUACACAUGUGGAUUAUGUGAAUGUGACUCAGGCUAUUUGGGAUCCAAGUGUGAAUGUGAAGAGGGAGAGAGCGGGAACAUGUAUCAAAACAUGUGCCGGGAGGCUGAAGGCAAACCUGUCUGCAGUGGUAGGGGGGAAUGCAGCUGUAACCAGUGCAUCUGCUACAAGAGUGAGUUUGGAAGGAUCUAUGGGUUGUUCUGUGAGUGCAAUGACUUCUCCUGUGCCAGAUACAAGGGUGUCCUCUGUUCAGGCCAUGGAGACUGUCACUGUGGGGAGUGCAAGUGCCAUGCUGGUUACAUCGGAGACAACUGCAACUGCUCAACAGAGACUAACCGUUGCAUUUCGAAUGACAGUCAGAUGUGCAGUGGCAGAGGCAACUGUGUCUGUGGGAAAUGCCAAUGCACCGAGCCCGGAGCCUUUGGAGAGACGUGCGAGAAAUGUCCUACCUGCCCAGGUGCCUGCAGCACUAAAAGGGACUGCAUUGAGUGCAUGUUACAUAACUCAGGAGGGCUGGCUGAUAACCAAACCUGCCCAAAACACUGCAAGGAUGAGAUCAUUACACGUGUGGAUGUCCUCACUUUCCAAAUUUAAGAGAAAGGAAAAGAAAAAUGGCUGCCUUUUUAACCUGCAAAGGAUGGUACUGUCAAAGGGAAACAUCAUGUCAGUUUUUAUAUUUGCCCUGAGUAUCUUCCUGUUACAUGCACCACUGAGUGCAGGUUUAACCUCUUCAAAAUAUUUGUGUGCGUGAUCGUUAAUUAUUACUUGUGUUACGCUAGUGCCUAGAAAUCCCAACCAAAGCACUGUAGGAACACACGGGGUAUGUCUACCUUGCAGUCAGAGGUGUGAUUGCAGCUUGGGAUACGCCCCCUGCCUUUAAUCUAGCUAACAUGGCUAAAAAGAGUGAGUGGUGGCCCGGGCAUCAGCAUGGCUGGAACCCUGGGGAUGUACUCAUGUUCCUAGCCAUGGGGGGGGUCUGUGCCACUGCAUCUUCACUGCUGCGUUUUAGCCACACUAGCUAGAUUAAAGGUAGCAUGGGCAUGCCUACUCGAGCUGCAAUCACACCGCUGAUUUGCAGGGUGAACAUACCCGUAGUGAGAUCUCCAGGGCAAGGACCAUCUCUUACAGCCUAAAUAGGGCAAACGCUGGGAGGGGAAGUGCCUUGCCUAAAGUCAUGUAGUAAGCAGGGGAUUAGAACCCCAUUCUCCUGAUGCUCAAGAUGGUGCCCUGCCCACCAGACCACAUUGGCUCUCUGAUGUGGCCAUGUGGGUAUCUGUAGAGUGCCUGUCACUGAAGGAUGUCAGCACUGAGUAUUUUCAUCUCUCCAAAUCUUCAUGUUUGCUAGUGCUCUGUUGUUCUAUUUAAACCUCAACCUUCCCCACAAAUCACAAUCAGAUUGCGCUCAUUUCCAGGCCCUCUUUGUUUUGUAUUUUUCCCCAACUCCUCCAGUAUGUGAAGGGAAGUGCUGCUGAACUUGCAAAGGGAUUUUUCAAGGGUUCUGAUUUGCUUGACCUUCUUUCAGAGACCCAUAUUAAUUUCUCUGUUUGUAUGAAGUAGGCUAAACCCACCCAAACAUUUCCUUCACAGCCAUUUACUUGUAUUCAUAGAAGAGCGUCCAGAUGAUAGAUACAAAGCUAAGGUACCGUGGUUGGGUUGUGGGUUUUUUUUCUUCCCUCUAGUGUUAAUGGUUUCUUCUAUUUCAGCUAUUUGAAUUGUUCCAUAAUGUGCACCAUAUGUACCAACAGGAAGCUCCUCAUAUUUAAAGGAAUUCAAAGUCCCCAGAGUUAUAGAAUUCCAGAAAACACAUCCACUUCUGGGGCCAGAUCUUUGAAUGGUAGAGGCUUUUCUUCCUGCAGAAAGAAAACAGCUGAACAACAAAUGUCUGAACAUUAUAUCACCAUGUGGAGAUGCCAUACCACCAAAUACUAGAGAAUGUCUUCAGUGUUUAACGUAUGUUUGAGAUGCACUGGGCUCUUACACUGCUAACAGAACCUCAGGAAUGUUUUUCAUUUCA